AUGAUAUCCAACACGUUAAAGAUCACCGUGAGAACCAAGGCCACCACGACAGUCAACCCUUCGACACAAAGAGUGGUUAACCAGCUUUCUGCGCUUUCGGCGUCCAGAAAACAACCCAAACUCAUCAAACUCAGUCACGAAGACUUGAUCAAGCAUAACACCAUCCAGAACGCAUGGAAGUCGUUCACGAGAAAACAGGAGACAAAGAGAUACCAGCAGUUGCAGCAACAGUAUGAGUCGAUUCACAACGCCAUGGACACGUUAAAGGCCAUCAGUCCCAGCUUGUACCAAAUGGCCAAUAAGCUGGACGAGAACAACUGGUAUCCAUUAAAUAUGAGAGUCCCCACCGAUUACCCGGCAAACAUGCCUUGGGUGUACAACCACAAGAACCAGGGGAAAGCGUGA